CCGACACGUCACGGAGCCGUGUACAUCUAAGGUGGCUGCUAAAACUCGUUGAUUUUAGAGGAGCCGUUGAAUUUAGUUGGGGCUCUGCCGUCUUGGAUACAUUGUAUCGGGAGAUGUGCGGGGCGACGCGACCGAGGAGAGCAAACAUCGGAGGUUGCCUGUCACUACUGCAAUCAUGGGCACGGUUUCGCUUUCCAUUUCUACGUCUUCGAGUGAACCACCCAUAUACAUUCCCACUCGUAACAAGGUGGAACCAUCCGGCAAGUUAUCGUGGAUUACCGUCUGAACUUGAAGAUAUACGGCUUCUAUUGGAGCAACGGUCGGAAGCAGAAUUUCAAUGGACACCAUACGAGGAUCCGGCAAUUCGGGCAGUAAUCCCGGAAGAGUUUUUACAAAAUCCAAACGCUUGGCACGCGAAAGUGGUGUUGAUAAACUAUGCAACCGUGGAGCCCCACCAGACAGACAGAGUGCUACGAAAGAUUGGAUGUAGACAACCGAUUCCUGCGGACCCUGAGGUGUUUGACGAUCACCACAAAAUCGACCUUCGGCUAUUAGGUACGGAUUGGCCUAGAUAUUGGUCCGAGUCAACGGAAAUGUGGGAAAAUCGGUAUGAAUAUCUACCUAUUCGGGAACAAAUCAUCAUUCCGGAGUUAGCGUGCGUUCUAGAAUACAUGCCAUGGUUUAGGAUCCAUGGCAAGCCGUAUUUACUUACGCCAGAGGAGAGGCAGCGGCAAAUACGUGUCGGAAAGGAAAGGCGCGGGCCUCUAAAUCCAAGACGACAAGACUACGAAGGCAGCCCCUCAACGAGGCCCAGACAGUCACCCGGUUCAUCAUCAGCGGCCAUGUAA